GGUCAUUGUGUGGCAUUACAUCUCCUGAAGCGCAUGCGCAAUCUCAGUUCAGCGUGUAGCGGGAGCGGAAACGCUGCAGAAUGAAGGGUCGUGACAGUAAAGAGCCAGAGCAGCUCAGGAAGCUGUUUAUUGGUGGCCUCAGUUUUGAGACAACAGAGGACAGUUUACGUGAUCACUUUGAGCAAUGGGGUAAACUGACAGACUGCGUGGUAAUGAGAGAUCCAGGUAACAAACGCUCGCGUGGUUUCGGAUUUGUGACAUACUCUUGCAUAUUAGAAGUGGAUGCGGCAAUGUCAGCACGGCCACACAAAGUGGACGGUCGCAUGGUUGAGCCCAAGCGUGCCGUUUCCCGAGAGGACUCUAAUAAACCUGGAGCUCAUCUGACAGUGAAGAAGAUCUUUGUUGGUGGAAUUAAGGAGGACACAGAGGAAUAUCAUGUCAGAGAAUACUUUGAGCCAUAUGGGAAGAUUGAGAGCAUCGAUGUAAUGGAGGAGCAUCCAACUGGGAAAAAGAGAGGAUUCUGCUUUGUCACCUUUGAUGAUCAUGAUACUGUGGAUAAAAUUGUUGCACAAAAAUAUCACACAAUCAACUCUCAUAACUGUGAAGUUAGGAAGGCUCUUCCUAAACAGGAAAUGCAGGCGGUUUCUAAUCAGAGAUAUUGUGAUGGGGGUGGGGGCAAUUUUAUGGGCGGAGGUGGCAACUUUGGCAGAGGGGGGUACGGAGGAGGCCGGGGCGGCUACGAAGGAGAUGGAUACAAUGGAUUUGGUUGUAACUAUGGUGGGGGUCCUGGCUGUGGAGGUGGCCGUGGGGGAUAUGGUGGAGGUCCUGGAUAUGGUAACCAAGAUGUAGGAGGCUUUGGAGGAUAUGAUAACUACAAUGAUGGAGGAAAUUUUGGAGGUAACUUUGGUGGUGGUGGAGGUGGGGGAGGAGGUGGAAACUACAAUGACUUUGGGAAUUAUGGAGGGCAGCGGUCCAACUACGGCCCCAUGAAGGGAAAUAAUUUUGGAGGAAGGAACUCAGGACCUUACGGUGGCGGCUACGGCUCUGGUGGUGGAGGCGGGGGCUAUGGGUCCAGACGAUAUUAACAUGUAUAUUUGUCAGUGGCUUCAGAUCCACAGUUAGAUGAAGAGAUGAGAGGAGUGGGGAGGAAAGGAAAGAUUACUGAGAGAAAGUGGGAGGGGCCAAGAUCUGCCAGUUAUAGCUCUUACUGCAGCAGAUUUUAAUGUUAGCUUCAAGAGAGUGUAGCCAGACACUCCAGAACUAGUGUGUGUUAGUGUAUGCACAUUCCUUUAAUAUUCUUUACCCACUCUUAUUUUCUCUGAGCUUUUCACACACCCCAAACCUUCUGUGAAUUUUCUGAGCGUUGUUUGAGAGUAAAAGAAAGAUAUUAUGUUAUCAAACACUGUAGCCAGAGCAGUUUUAAAUAACUGGUUUGAGUUUCAGAUGUUGUGGCCUUGAGUAUAUUAUUUGGAGAGAAAAAAAAGUUGUUUUUGAUUUUUGAUUUGAAGACAGUGAUGUCAUGUGAUUGUUACGUGUAUUUUGAUAUAUUGUGAGUAUACAGUACAUGUGUUGUUUCUCCUGAGUUGUAUUAACCAAUGAAUGAAAAACAGAGUAGACUUUAUUAGAUCUGAGGGGAUGUAAAGAUAGAAGAUAGUAAACCUGUAAAGAUAGAAGUCUAGAUGGUUUAACUAUUUUGACAAAUGAAAAAAGAAACCAGCUGAAAUAAAGUUGUGUAGUAACUUGCCUAACCAAGUUUAGUGCGUCAUUGAGUCUGAAAGAGAGUGCAGCUGUUCUGAGCAUAUGUUGUUGUGUAUGAGAUUAGAGCUAGAUAGGGCUGGGUGAUAUAUAUCACAUCUUCAUGAUAUAUUCGCAGUGAAUUGCUGACGAAACAAAAUGUAAAAAUAUUGUGAAUAUCGCAUUGAUUUUAAUGCGCUUUUUAUUUGGCCAUUACGUUUACUAAAGACUGUACCUUUACUCUAGAUUCCUCAUUGUUUCAGGCAAUAGAUAGAUAGACAGACAAACAGACAUACUCACAAUAUAUUUGCAAUGAUUUUGCUGGUAAAAUAAAAUGAAGCAACAUUGUGAAUAUCACAGUUAUUUUAAAGUGCUUUAUAUUUGGUCAUUAAGUUUCCUAAAGGCCAUACAUUUUACUCUAGUUUUGGGAUUCUUCAUUUUAUGAACUGCGAGAAUGAGGUUGUUUAGACUACGGUAGCAAAAAGAGCAUUUGAGUUGGUAAGUCCCAGCUGGCAAGUGUGUAUGAUACAAAAAUGAGUACUAUGGUACUGUAUCUUGGUUAAACAUGUAAAAUUAAAGUAAUUUAAGCAAAUACUUAAAUAUAGAGAUACAUAUAGAAUAUAAUCAGAAGGGACACAUAUUGAGACAUAUUUUAGCUAUAUCGCCAAGCCCAAGGCCUAGACAGAAACUAACAAAAGACAGUAAUUUACACAAAAACAGGAUGUUAUCGGUCUCUCAGACUGACAGGUCAGUCCCAGCUGUCAAGUGUGGAUGAUAUAAAAAUGAGAAAGGAGGAAAGAAUAAAAGCCUUUUUGCGUUGCGAGUCACGUGUGUCUCCAGAAAGCUAGCGUCUGUUUCCAUGAGUCUAGCUGUACCCCGCGAGAGCAAAGGAAGACUAGCGGCAAGCCAAUGCUAGCGUGAGACCCAGCAGUGAGUAUGAGGUUUUGAGACAGAAGAGGAAGAAAGAGUCAUAGGAGCAGGUAAAAGUAACUAUUCUGCUUAAUUUACAGAUGGGAAAAGAGGCGCCUGAUCUACUGUAGGUGGCUGAAAAUCAUUUAUGACACGUUUUCAGCGGUGGUUAUGGAUGGGUAAGAUUAAUAGAUGCAAGAUGUAUGUGCAUUUGCUAAAGAUAUCCUCCCAUAGUCACAUAGAAGAAUUCAGUAAACGCAAUAGAGAAUAAGAUGUGUAGUUGUAGAACAUAUUUCACCACAACAUCAAAAAAGAAAUAAGAAAUUAUAUUUUGCAUAAAGAAAAUGACACCUAUUUUAGGACAAUUAAGAAUGUUGCUUUAUGACAUAAUUUUUUUAUUAUUCGCCAUUAAGAAUAAUGGGAAUGAUAAAGGAAAUAAUUAAUUAAAUAUCUGAAUGCAUUACAAUAAUUUUGAGUGAUUGUCAUGAAAAAAACAAAAAUCAUGAUGGAGCCUUAAUUGUCUUAAAAUUUUUUAUAAAAUAUAUUAAAAUUCAUUUAUAUUUAAUUAUUUUGAUUUUGAGGUGAAAUGUGACCUAGACAUGUUUUAUUUAGAUUCACCAAUUUAAACUUGAGAACAUUUUUGCUGAUUCUUUAUUCAGCUUCAGGAAAUGGACUUCUAACUCCAUCACAUGGUAAUUUCCAUUUCAGACCAAGAGUUCUCUAGUAGGAUAUUUAUUCAGGGAAGAUAUUUUCUCAUUCAGGGUAAAUAUAAUUAAUAUAUAUUCACAUAAUAUUUUUGUAAUGUCUUUAAUAGUCUCAGGGUGAUUCCCAUGAAACCUGUCAAGAAAAAAACCUGUUUGACUCCCAAAAUAAAAAGAAACAAAUAAGAAAAUAAUAAUAAUAAUAAUAAUAAUAAUAUAUAUAUAUAUAUAUAUAUAUAUAUAUAUAUAUAUAUAUAUAUAUAUAUAUAUAUAUAAAAUGAAUCCUAUUUUUAGGACAUUUUUUACACUGUGACAUUUUCAUUACCGUUACGCACUUCAAUUUUCACCCCCCAAUGUCCAUUACUGCAAUACAAAAAAUAAAAUAAAAAAUAAGACAAAAAAAAAAAAGAUAUGAUAUUUAAAUUGUAAUGUAUUUAUACACCAUAGAAUUAUUCCCUUGGUACUGCCUUUCAUUAUGUUCUGAUUUUAAUAGUAAAAGUAAAAUGUGCAAACACAUUGAGAUGAGUAAUGAGAAUUUGGGGCAAAAAUGUGCUCAAUUGUUCAAAAUUGUCACAAUGCAACAAAUCUCCUUUUGGCUGCUCCCGUUAGGGGUACGCCACAGCGGACCAUCCGUGAUCCGCAUAUUUGACUUGGCAUAGGUUUUAUGCCGGAUGCCCUUCCUGUAUGGAGUUAUUUUUGUUUCAUAUUAACAUACAAAUGGAAUGAGAUUUGCAAAUAAAAAGUUGGUUCACAAAUAAAUUGAAACAGAUCCACAAACAAAAUGCAAGGAGUUUCACAAAAAUGAAAUGAAUUCACAAAUAAAAAGAAUGAGAUUUGCAAAUAACAAAAUUAUUUACAAAUAUAUUUUUAGCUCACAAACACAAUUCUGUCCAGCAUUAAUUUGUAAAUCAUGCACAUUUAUUUGUGGAUUGCUUCCUGUGCAUUUGCGGAUCGCUACACACAUUUGUCGAUUUU